CAACACUUUAGGGAGGAGAAACAGAUGUUAAAAAGGAGAGAAAACGGAGUGUUGUUGUUGUUGUUGGAAGAAAAGAAAAGCGUGAAAACAGCGACUUUACUGCAGUGUUUCAGGUUCUGUGACCUCUGACCUUUUCACGAUGUCCACCUCCAUCACCAAAGUCGGGGACGUGGUGAUCAUCACUCAGGUCCUCCCUCGAGGUGAAUCGGCCUUCCCUCUGCAGCUUCCUGCCGCCAACGGCGCAAACUCCACCAAUGCCACUCAACAGGCCACACCCCCUCCCAGUGCAACCACAUCCCCCAUCAAAAUGGAUGCAGUGACCGCCAGCUUCCUGCGGGGGCGCCCUCUCAGCCUCGGGGUGGUCCAGAUCUUCCUCGGCGUGCUCUGCGUCCUCUUCAGUUUGACCUCUGCCCUCUCACGGCUGCUGGUCUCCCACGCUCCAUUGUGCGUCGCCGUUAUUUUUGUGGCGUCGGGCUCUGUGGUCGUGGCGGCAGGAAGUCGUCCUUCAGUGAAACACGUGUGGGCGACUCUCGUAUCCAACGUGGUCAGCGUGGUGGUCAGUGUUGUGGGUGCGGUCUACGUCAGCUGGCUGCUCUGUGAUUCGCCGCUGUCUGUGAUCAUGUGUGAUGACAUCAUCAACGAGGACGAGGGGAAGUCCAACUGUGUCGGCAAGCUGUGGUUACUGGACAGGGUGGUGAGCGGCCUCCUCUCUCUCACUCUGGUCUUGCUCGUGCUGCAGUUCUGCGUCGCCGCCAUCGUCAGUGUUUUUUCUGGGAAAAGUAUCAGACGUCAACAACGAUGGAGUGGCGGUGACCUUGGUGCGUCGAUGCAAGACGCUGGAGUGGAGGAAACCUGUGAACAGUCUCCAAACUCACCAUGAGGGGGCGCCAACACCAGUGGACGCCACAAUAGCUAAUACUGCAGUAUUUAUGAACUCGGAGUACAUAAAUACUGCAGUAUUUAUGUACUCCGAGUACAUAAUCAGUUUAAAUAACAGAACGAUUCAUAGCAUGAACUUAUUCUUUGAUUCUUUAAAGAUUCUUUUAUGAUUGAAUUGUAGCCUCCGACCACUAGUUGGCAGCAGUUGUCAGUGGUCACAGAAAACUGUUUCUGCAGUUAUAUUGAGAAUGAACUAUGUUACCUUUUGUAAAGUUUCACAAUCGUCAUCUUUGUAUCGUCUUCAUGUCACUUUAACUCUUGACAGUGGGCGGGGCGAACAGCUGCUGCUGGAGGCGUGUCUGACUGUUGUGGUGCGGCGUCUGCUGUUACGAUAAAAAACAAUCACAAGUUCAAUUUUAUCACAUACAUGAUCUCAGGUCUCUGUACACAGACAACAUCAUGGAGAGCAGAGAAACACAAACACUGGGCGUCUGUGGAGACAAAAAACUCCCUAUUAACAGAAGAAGAAGAAAUCUCUGACAGAACCAGACUCGCAUGUGCAGCAUCUGUGAGAAAAGACAAGAGGGAGAUGAGGUAGAGACAGUUUAUACAGGACAGUUAGAGUCAAUGAUGACAUGUUUAUAGAACAAUGUCAUUUAUAGAAGCAGCAGCAGAGAGUGUUGACAAAAAUUAUACUGAUAUCAACUUUAAUUAUAGCACAAUAAUAAUGGUGAUGACAUGUAUGAUAAUAAUCGCCUCGAAAACUGGAUCUGGAUCCUGCAACCUGCAAGAUGAGGAUACAGAGAGAGAGAGAGGGAAGGAAGGAAGGAAGGACACAAACUAGGGAGAGAAAGAGACAAGGUUAAUGACAUAUAAAAAGUCAUAUUCAUACCCUGAGUGUGAGAGAGUGAAUGUGACAGAGUGCAGUCUAGGUCUAUAGCAGCAUAACUAAGGUCCCGGUUUCCCUGAACCAGCUCUAACUAUAACUUUAUCAAAAGUUUUAAGUCUAACUUUAAAUACCAUUGACCAAGAUGGCGUCACGAUGGCAUCGCGAGGCCCAGUGUCUCCUUACCCCAUCUGGGCCAGUCAGAUCAUUUCUCACUGUUUCUCACUCCCAGGUUCACUCCCCUUAUAAAUCGUGUGUGGCCUUCAACUAAGACCAUCAAAGUGUGGCCAGAAGCUGCAGAUUCUACACUUCAGGACACAUUCCAUCAUACUGACUGGAGUGUGUUUGCCUCUCCUGGCACUGAAGGUACCAACACUGAUCUGGACACAUACACUGCUGCCGUAAUGAACUUUAUAAAAUGAACUAUAAAUAAUGUUGCAUCUGAAAAGCAAAUCACCACAUACCCCAACCAGCAGCCGUGGUUGAACAAGGAGGUGUGUCUACAACUAAGGACACGUAAGAGUGCCUUUGUGUCAGGGAAUGCACCGGCCUACAUCCAGGGCUAACAUGAAGAGGGGCACCAACAACGCUCAUCGCUGUAACAGUGCAAAAGUCGCGGAGCACCUAACCAACUCUGACCCUGGGCGUAUGUGGCAGGGCAUUCAGGCCAUCGGUGACUAUAAACACAAAAACUGCAGUCCCACUGUUACAGAUGCUUCCUUCCUGAACGAGCUUUAUGAGUUUUAUGCUCGCUUUGAAAGGAAUAAUGCAGAUCCUGCCACUGAACUGACUCUCCCCCCCUGACCACCAGCCACUCACUCUCACUCUGGCCGAGGUCAGCUCCAUGUUAAGCCGUAGCAACGCACACAAAGCUGCCGGUCCAGACGGCAUUCCAGGGCGAGUGCUUAAAGCAUGUGCUGUGCAGCUCGCACCAGUUUUACUGUGCCCAAAUGCCUAAAAACAAAACAUCAAAGUCCAAGUACACUCAAUGACUAUCGCCCCAUAGCGCUUACACCGCUUCGAGCAGCUCGUCCUGGCACGAUUGAAGGCCUGUAUUCCACCAGGCCUAGACCCCCAUCAGUUUGCCUACUGUAACAGCAGGAGCACAGAGGACGCCGUCUCCCUGGCCCUUCACACCGUGAUGACACAUCUGGAUAAUAACAACACAUACGCCAGGAUGCUGUUUGUUGAUUUUAGCAUCUAGGCUGAUCUACUCCUGGACCUCGGCAUCAAUCCAGCGCUGUGUAACUGGAUCAUGGACUUUCUAACGAACAGACCACAGCACGUUCGUUGUCUACAACUAUAGAUCCCCCACUGUCCAAAUCAACCCUGGUGUCCCACAGGGCUGUGUUUAAAGCCCCUUUCUCUACUCCCUCUUCACACACAACUGCAGACCAGUGUCCCUCACUAAUUCCAUCAUCAAGUUUGCAGACGACACCACACUGAUAAUCCACGUAAUCCAUGUAAUUAAUGUAAAUAUGAGCAAGAGCAGCUUUCAUACCGUCUCAUAUAGAUGCAUCUGUGUUACAAAUAUUAUCUAAUACUUGCUCUAUUGCACUUCUGGUUAGAUGCUAAACUGCAUUUUGUUGCAUUGUUCUCAACAAGUGUAAUGACAAUAAAGUUGAAUCUAAACUUAUCUAAUCUAAAAUACAGAGAAAGGCUCCACCUCCUGAACUGUCAUUGGGAGGUGGUUCCACAGGAGGGGAGGAGCCUGGUCACUGAAGUCAGACUCAGUGCUGCCUCUGGUGGACAUGAUGUCACAGCAGUUAGCAUUAGCACUGCGGCUAACGCCGCUACAGAGUGAAAACAUAAACAUUUGUAUUGUUUUCUUGUUUUUUUAUAUAAAUGUUCAAUAAACAGACGUUUUUUUAAGUCAUCGGCAUCAUGUUAUGUGAUCAUAAAUAAAGUCUUUUGCUUUUA